AUGGAGCACAUCCGUACGACCAAGGUUGAGCAAGUGAAGCUACUUGACCGGUUCAGUACCAGCAACAAGUCGUUAACAGGAACGCUGUAUCUCACGGCCACACAUCUGCUCUUCAUAGAUGCUCAUCAGAAAGAAACCUGGAUACUGCACCACCAUAUUGCCUCCGUGGAGAAGCUCGCUCUGACGACUUCCGGGUGCCCCCUGGUGAUCCAGUGCAAGAACUUCCGGACUGUGCACUUCAUCGUUCCCAGAGAGAGAGACUGCCACGAUAUUUACAACUCUCUGCUGCAGCUAUCAAAGCAAGCAAAAUACGAAGAUCUCUAUGCGUUCUCUUAUAAUCCCAAACAAAACGACGCCGAAAGACUGCAGGGAUGGGAACUCAUUGACCUCGCCGAGGAGUAUCAGAGGAUGGGAGUGCCCAAUUCCAACUGGCAGCUGUCUGACGCCAACCGAGACUACAAGAUCUGUGAAACUUACCCCAGAGAGCUGUAUGUGCCCCGAAUAGCAAGCAAACCAAUAAUUGUUGGUAGUUCCAAGUUCCGGAGCAAGGGGAGGUUUCCUGUUCUCUCCUACUACCACCAGAGUAAGGAGGCUGCCAUUUGUCGCUGUAGUCAGCCGCUGUCAGGGUUCAGUGCCCGGUGCCUCGAAGAUGAACACUUACUUCAGGCCAUCAGCAAGGCCAACCCAGCCAACCGCUACAUGUACGUCAUGGACACCAGACCCAGACUGAAUGCAAUGGCCAACAGAGCAGCUGGAAAAGGUUAUGAAAAUGAAGACAACUAUUCUAACAUUAGAUUUCAGUUUGUUGGAAUUGAAAAUAUCCAUGUCAUGCGGUCCAGCCUUCAGAAAUUAUUGGAAGUCAACGGUACCAAAGGGCUUUCCGUCAACGAUUUCUACUCUGGUCUGGAGAGCUCAGGAUGGCUUCGCCACAUCAAAGCUGUGAUGGACGCUGCGAUCUUCUUAGCCAAAGCAAUCGCGGCUGAGAGCGCGAGUGUGCUGGUGCACUGCUCUGACGGCUGGGACAGGACCUCGCAGGUCUGCUCCCUGGGCUCUCUCCUGCUGGACCCCUACUACAGGACGGUCAGAGGGUUCAUGGUUUUAAUAGAAAAAGAUUGGAUCUCCUUUGGACAUAAGUUUUCAGAGAGGUGUGGCCAUUUGGAUGGUGACCCAAAGGAAGUCUCGCCGGUGUUUACUCAGUUCUUGGAGUGUGUGUGGCAUUUGACCGAACAGUUUCCACAAGCCUUCGAGUUCAAUGAAGCGUUUCUUCUUCAGAUCCAUGAACAUAUCCAUUCAUGCCAGUUUGGAAACUUUAUUGGGAAUUGUCAGAAGGAAAGAGAAGAACUCAAGUUGAAGGAGAAGACAUACUCCCUGUGGCCAUUUCUUCUGGAUGACCAGAAGAAGUACCUCAAUCCUCUCUACGGUUCCCAGUCUCAGAAAUCGGCAGUUCUGGAGCCAAAUACAGUGUCUUUCAAUUUUAAGUUUUGGAGAAACAUGUUCCACCAGUUUGAUCGAACAUUGCAUCCUAGGCAGUCUGUAUUUAAUAUAAUUAUGAACAUGAAUGAGCAGAAUAAGCAGUUAGAGACAGAUAUCAAGGACUUAGAAUCUCAAAUUAAGCAACGUAAAAAUAAGCAAACAGAUGGAAUUCUCAGCAAGGAAUUGUUAAAUUCAGUCCGUCCUGAAUCACCCGCCCUCAAAGCCACCCUGAGUCUCAAGGAGCAGACUCUGCUGCCUGUGAAUGAUGUUCUUCGAACUAUAGAGGGCAGUAGCCCUGCAGAUAACCGCUACAGCGAGUAUGCAGACGAGUUUUCCAAAGCCGAGCCUGCGGUGGUCAGCCUGGAGUAUGGUGUGGCCAGGAUGACCUGCUAG